UUCGCCGCUGCCCGCGAGGGUUCGGCGAUGGCGGAGCGGCUCCCGCCGGGUCCCCCCCCGGUGAUUUUUUGCCAGGACUCCCCGAAGCGCGUCCUGGUCUCCGUUAUCAAAACCACCCCGAUCAAGCCCUCCUCGGGGGUGAGCGGGGCCGAGGAGCCGAUGCCCGUCCCGCCCGUCCCCACCAGCCCCGGCUUCAGCGACUUCAUGGUCUACCCCUGGCGCUGGGGCGAGAACGCGCACAACGUGACCCUCAGCCCCGGCGGCGGCGACAGCACCGCCGGCCCGUCAGCCCUCCCGCCGCCCCGCGGGGGAGCGGGCAGAGUCCCCGGCGGGGACGAGGAAAAGGCAGGGAGCCCCGGGAGCGGCGGGCGGCACCGGCACCUGAAGGAUGGAAUAAGACGUGGCCGUCCAAGAGCAGACACCGUCCGAGACCUGAUCAGUGAAGGAGAGCACUCUUCCAGCAGGAUACGCUGCAAUAUUUGCAACAGGGUCUUUCCACGAGAGAAGUCACUGCAAGCCCAUAAACGAACUCACACCGGUGAAAGGCCUUAUCUGUGCGACUACCCAGAUUGUGGGAAAGCCUUUGUACAGAGUGGGCAGCUCAAAACUCACCAGCGUCUCCACACAGGAGAGAAGCCUUUUGUCUGCUCAGAGAAUGGCUGUUUAAGCAGAUUUACACAUGCAAACCGGCAUUGUCCCAAACAUCCCUAUGCCAGACUGAAGAGGGAAGAGCUCACGGACAGGCUGAGUAAGAAGGAGACGGCUGACAAUAAAGCUGUGGCUGAGUGGCUAGCGAAGUACUGGGAGACUAGAGAGCAGCGUGCUCCUGCUUUGAAGACCAAAGCAAUCCAGAAAACAGAUCAGGAACAGCAGGACCCAAUGGAGUAUCUUCAGUCUGAUGAAGAGGAUGAUGAAGAGAAAAACAGCGCUCAUUCAGCUGCCCGUCACCGUCGCCUCCAGGAGCAGCGUGAACGCAUGCAUGGCGCGCUGGCACUCAUUGAGCUGGCAAACUUAGCUGUGGCACCCCUGCGACAGUAGAUAGGAGCAGUCUCUGCCCAUAAAAAAUGUACUUUCUGGUGUUACUUAACCAGUUAGAUCCCAAGCAUAAGCUAAGCACCUUAUUUGCUUAUAAUAGGCUGCUAUUCUGUAGAAUUUAUGAAGAAUGUUGUUGCCCCAUAACAUGGGGUGAGAGAAUUGCACUUUUGAUAGGGUAGAAGACAGAUGUAAAAUUUCUAAGUAUUUUGUAAAUAUGGGACUGCAUAAGGCAGGGUUGACAAAUUUAUGUGUCAUGGGAAGCUAGAUUUUGCAAGGUUAACUCAUUUAUCUGGAGCAGAUUUCACAGGAAACACUUUCUGAACAAAGUGUUUGCGAUUAGCAGGAUGGUACAUGCGGCCAAAGAAGGCUGACAAAAAAGUAUUUAUCUGGCUAUCUAGCAAAGUGAUGAGUCUGGGGAUAUUGUUAAACAGCAACUAAACCAUGUUUUUCUUAUGUCAGUAUAUCUUUACCUAGCAUCUCCAAGGAGAGGGGCAGAGGUUAGUUAUCUCAACUUGUACAGGGAAAGAAAAUGCUUCAUGCAGGGAAUAUCUUCACUGUGACUGCCCAAGGUAUGAGGCUUGACUUUGCUGUUUCAAAUUUUUUUAUUUGAUUUCAGCAGAAUCUCUUGGUAGCACUUGUUAUUCCUAACAUGUGUAGUUGGGAAGUUUUGCACAUUGUUUUAUCUGAAAAUGAUUAGUCUUGCAAAGUCUAGAAAAAGGUAAAGAACUGAUAAUAUUUUUUCAGGUUUUUGGGCCCUGUAGUGAUUUGGCACUUGAUUUUGUUAAUAAAGGGGUUAUUUACAGGGUGGUAUGAAUUUGUAGUAAACUAUUCUAGGUCUUCUAUUAGCAAACACUAAGUUUUAAAGUAUUGCUUUUAUUAUGAUUAGCAAAUAGAAGCCUCCAUACUUACCGUGCAUAAAGCCACCUUACUGCUUUACUCCAGCAUAAUAUGCCAAUUUUUUUGUUCACUAACCAUAGCACAGCUAUAAAGUAAACACUGCAGAAAAGUAUUCACUAUACAAUUAGAAAAUACGCUUCCAAAGGUAGUUACAAGUGUGUUAACAAGUUACAAGUGUGAUUUCAUAUAUUUCCCAAAUAAAUGAAGUUGCAGAAUGCUGCCUAGUAGUCAGAUGCUGAUAUAAAAUGUUUAACAGGGUAUCUUGUCACUUUGUGAAUGUUAUGUACUUUCAAUAGUAUUGUCUCAUGGUGAUCUUUUACCAUAUUUUGCUUUGAAGGCAGCCAGAGAUCCUAAUAUGCUAACAAAACUUUGUUUUCAGAUUGGACUUUUUGUGUGUGGUUUUGUUGUUGGUUGUUGUUGUUGUUAAGCUACUGCUUAAGGGGAUAUUAAUAAUGUGUAUUUACUGACCUGCUUGCUUUAACUUCUUCCUCUCAUGUGAAGUCAGGAAAUUCAGAUGAGAAGGGAAGCUUC